UAUAAAAUGGCACUCAAAGUUUUCUUUCAAAAUAUUUGUUGUAAAAAGUCCUAAGAAAAACAAUAAACACGCCAGGAAAGGCGAGGAAUGAUGUGAACAGGUACAAAAUAUGCCCUAACUAAUGAACUUAUGGAGAUAAAUCGAUAAUGCGUUUUAUCGUCGUGACUAAAAACGAAAAUUCAUGAUGUAAACAGAUUAUGAAAUAGCCAGGAUCGAUGUUGAGAAUGCUUUCGACUUAUAGUCAUGGUCAAGUUAGCUUGGCAUGUUAAAAAACUGUUCUUGUUAUAAUACAAUGGAUGAAGAACCGAUAAUACUAGACUAUAGUCAUAGAAAAUUGGAUGAAGUUCCACAAGAGAUAUUGGAUAAUGGUCGAAUGUUAGAAGAGUUAUAUCUUGAUUGUAAUGACAUAGAACUUUUGCCAAAGAAACUAUUCAGUUUGCCAAAGUUGAAAAUCUUGGCCGUGGUUGAUAAUAAUCUAUGUGAGCUAUCAAAGUUUUUGGGAAAUUUAGACUGUAUAGAGUCGCUGAAUGUCAGCAAGAAUUGUAUCUCAGAGUUGCCAGACAGUAUUAAGAACUGCAUACAGUUAUUGCAACUUGAUGCAAGUGUUAAUCCAAUUGUUAAAUUGCCAGAUGGACUGUUUAACUUAUCAACUUUGACUCAUCUGAUGUUGAAUGAAACAUUUCUGGAAUAUUUGCCAGAAAAUAUUGGGAAUAUAUCACAAUUAAAAGUUCUUGAACUACGCCAAAACCAAUUAAGCGUUUUACCAAAAUCAAUGCAGAAUUUACAACAGUUGAAACGACUGGAUAUUGGAAACAAUAAAUUUGCAGACUUGCCUGUUACCAUUUGUCACAUGACAAAUCUUGAAGAAUUGUUGGCUGAUGGAAACGCCAUUGAGGAAAUUCCUCCGGUUAUUGGUCUUUUAAAAAACAUGAUUUUGCUGGAUAUUUCUAUGAAUAAAUUGGAGAGUUUACCUCCUGAAAUUGAAUUUAUGGAAUGUUUGACCGAUCUGUAUUUAUCCGUAAACGAGCUACUGGAACUGCCUGAAAAUAUUGGAUUUUUGAGUAGCUUGGAAACAUUGAAACUGGAUGAAAAUGAUCUGCUUUUUCUUCCACCUUCAUUGGGCAGACUUGAGAAUCUGGAGGAACUCGAUGUCAGCACGAACAACCUUGAGGGGUUACCACGUAGCAUGGGAAAAUUAGCACGGUUGAAAGUGUUGAAUCUUGAUAACAAUUGUAUCAAGUCUCUUCCGGAUGAGCUCGGUAAUUGUUCAUCGUUAUCACUGUUGUCACUACAUAGUAAUAAUCUUGUGUCUGUUCCUGAAAGUUUUGGUGGACUAACAAAUCUUCAGAUGAUCAAUCUUAGUGCAAACAUGUUGAAUUUUCUUCCUAUUACUUUCCUUGGUUUGAAAACUUUGAAAGCUCUCUGGCUUUGCGAGAAUCAGUCCAAACCAAUUGUUCCACUCGAGCGAAUAUUUGAUGAAAGAGAAAAAAAGGAGGUUAUCAGUUGUUGCUUUUUGCCUCAGAAAACGUGGGAUGAAGAUGAAACUGAGGACCAUCGUGGAUCGGGAGAGGAAAAUGUUUCAUCAGCAAAUGAAGAUAGCGUUAACAACGCGGGAAUUCAAAAUAACGAGGCAGUGCGCACAAGAGGAAGUAUUUCACAAUAUCUCAUGAACAGAAGUCAGAGUCAAGAUGAUCACACAUCUAGUCCUGGUAAUGAGCUUGAGAAGGUGACACCUUGGUAUGAACAAGAGUUUAUUGAAAGUAUUGAAGACAACGAAGUUUUCUCCGAUGAAGAUCGACAUCUUCACGUUGAGAACACGACAGAAGAAGAAAGUUAUCAUUUGAACCGAUUGAUAAAUAAACAAGGUUUUGAUUGUCGACAGUCGUCCGUAGAGGAUCAAGACCACUCCUUUAAAGACUCGGAUGCAGGCGGAGCCACACAAGACGACCGCAAUGAUGACAUAUUAUUGGUUGACGCAGAGGGCAGCAGUCAUAAUGAAGGAAACACGUCAGUCAUAAUAUCAGAGUUGGAGUAUUUGAACAAUCUUAACAUAACAGAGGAGAGUUGUGAUCUGACCACAUCAAAUGAGGAAGCAAUGCGACUACGAUUUAACAAUAAGAGGAAUAGAAAUGGAAAUCCUUCGUGUACGUACGAGGCAUUUAAACCAACUCGGUUUAACCUGUACACAAACUCUGACGAGCCAUCGUGGAGCACAAUAAAGAAAGAUAAUUCUUUAGAAAGUUCAUCGCCAACAAUUAAGAAGAAAAGCGUGACAGGCAAACUAAAUCCAUUAAUUGGAGCGAGACUAGCACGCGACGAGAGUCCCCCUGCGGUAUGCUACAGUGACGGUUCAGAGAAACAGAAAUACACAGUCACUCAGAAAUAUGAAGAUAAGAUUCGUGCUUUGCAACAACAAAGGCAGAAGGAAAGAUCUCGUCGUAGAAAUCAUUCAUCUCGCGGUGCUGAUAAUAUAGAUCAGACUUUCAGUCGAGCUGGAAAUCUUGAUUUAACAUUUUCUCCCGAUAUUCAUCCGCCGUCAUAUGCCGAAUUUUAUCAGUAUCGAUCCAAUCCAACCGCAACCCUUCCGUCACCUUCCGUUUAUUUUAUCUCAGAUGAUGGCGACUCUGUUGCAAUCCAGUUGAAUGAUUUUGCUUUAGGAUCAUCGCGAGUGAAAAAUGGUGAGAAGAAGAAGAAAGGAAAAGAAAAGAAACAGAAAGCGUGUUCACCACCUGUUGACAGACCCAAUGGCUUUCAACAGCCUCAUUAUUUAUACAAUACUGAAAACCGACCACGGAAACAAAACGGAAUCUUGCAAAAUCUAGUGUCACAUCAACGAAUUUUGCAGUCUUUUGAGAACGGACAUUACGAGACUUCGUUAGAAAGUAAAGCUAACCAAGGAAUUAAUUCGCAUCGCAAAAAUAACGAUUUUGAUGAUAAAGAACUCAAGGUGACCGCAUUAAAGAGCAAUCAUAUAAACACGAUUAUGUGUCAACAUCUGAAAGUGAGAGGGAAAGAUGCAAGGAUGAAAAUAAUUCACCUCAUUUUAGGCCAUCGUUGA